AUGGAGACUCUUCUAAGGAGAAUCACCCAGUGCCCUCGUCAAUGGGCAGUAUUUCUUCCUCUUCAACAUCCUCUGCAGCUGUGGUUGGUCUGGGGAUCUCCUUGGGGUCGCACGCUAACCCCCCGUCCAGCCUCCACGCAGGGUUCUGUCCUACCCCAGAGGUUGUCAGGGCAAUGGCGUUGCAGCUUCUCUCCUGUGUCCUCAUCAACCAAGCAGAAUGUGCCAUGGAAUGACUUGAGUUUUGCUGCAGAAGUUUUAAGUCCAGGUUUUGCAAGCAGAGUAGUUAGGGAAGCACAAGCACAUAAUGGAAGAAGUCCAGGAGAGAACCGCAGACAAUAUCCAACAGCUCAAGAAAGAUAUGUUCGAGCAGGUGUGCUGCCAAAUGUGCGCCUUGGAGGGCGCACAAAGGCAGUCCUCAGUCCAAGAAGACCACCUACCUCCCCGCUUCUCCCUCUAGGCCGAUCCACAGCCACUUUUACAUCUUCACUUUCUUCUGAUUUCUUGUCUUCAGCAACACCAAGAAUGCCCGACAUCAGAUCUGUAGCUUCAGUUCUUGAGCCACCGAAUACACCAAAUGAAUGUGCCAGAGACCCAACAAGUGUUCAAGCAGUGGUAGCAGCCUUGCAACAGGCCCAGGCUGGGAAAGGUGUCAAGAGAGGAGCUUGCUAUAUUGAACCAGAAGACCUAAGCAAAAGACAGAAGUGUAAUGGCAGUAGUAGUAUAGUCCCCACAACUUUACCCGUCAACUAUUCAAGAGAUUACUUGGAGGAGACCCAGAAUCGAGGGAGCAAUUGCACUCCAAAUGGUGGAGGUGAGAAACGUGCCCUGGACCUCAGUCCUGGGGCUCAGUCGAACACCCACCAGCUAAGCCCAGAGAAUAAGAGGCGCUGUGUGCUCGAUCCCAUGAUGGCUUCAUUCUCCUCAUCAAAGCAUAUGGAGCUAAGAAUGUCUCAGGGUAGUGGAAGAGAGACCCCAUUCUCUAUGUAUGAUUCAAGACGGGACACAGAUUCUGAAAGCAACCGCAGUGUGGAUUCUGGACAGUCCAAAGCUUCUGAACAAUCCCUACACCAACAGACAAGUGAGGCCACCGGUGGAGACUUGCAUGAUCAGUCCAGGACCCUCAGAACAAACCCCACUCCGCCAAGACCCACUCACGUCAUAUCCUUGGAAGCUUACAAAGCAGAGAAGGCCAAGAGUCAGCAGAGACUCAAAAAGAUGUUGGGUAUGCUUUUCCAUGUUGAUGAAAAUGAAGAGAGUCAGUCAUCAAAGUCUGGAAGUGUACCUCAGCCAACACCAACCACAUCAUCCACCCCAGCAGCAACAUCCAUAGACACUGUAGGAACUUCAACCACAGUGAGUUCUGUAUUGAAGACCAUUGCUCCAGACAAUGCAUCAACAAGUGUGUCAACAAAUAAAGAAACUGAUACAGUAAAGACAACCGAAUCAGCUGGGGAUGAGGGUGGCAGUAAUGUGUCUGUUACAGCUGUCUUGAAGCUUCCUCUCCCAGCCAGUAGUGAUGUUACAAGCCUUAGCACACCAUCUGUCUCCACAACACAUCUUCCGCUGCUGUUACUCAGCCAGCAGACACACAUCCACUGCUGUAACAUCAUCUAUAGUAGCAAAAAAUCCACUCUUAGCCGGUGCAACCUCAAUUUAGGGACUACCUUAUCAAAGACAGCAUCUCAGAUCAGUUCCAGUACAGCUGUGUCCUCAGCCUUCAGUUUUGUUAUUCCUGGUUCUAACAAGUCAUCCUCGACUCCUGCAGUUAGUACAGCAAGUGCAACAGAUGGUAAAAAUCCAGAAAACCAGCAGGAAAACCCAAAGUUCCUGGUGCUUUUACUUUCGGCAGUCAAGCUGCUCCUGCAAAUACAGGCACUAGGAUCAUCUGCAGUGCCUCCUGCAAGUUCCUCUUCUCCUUUUACCUUUGUGCUGGAAGUGAUGCAGUAUCCAGUCAGAGCUCUACAUUCACUUUUGGUCCCAAAACUACUCAGACUGAGGCUUCCACACCAAGCCUUGGGUUCCCUUUUGGAUCCCAAGACGCCAAAGCACCAGCAACUUCAACACUGA